GGACUUUUACACUCUCGGUUUUAACCGCCGUCGGAUUAACGCGCGACGACUCUCGGAUUCAAAUCCUUGAACAGGAUUUCAGAAAUCAACGCUCAUCGGAGCACCGUACGCAAGUUACAACUUCGGAACACUGUUUCAGGGACCUGGACACGUGGCUGGUCACAAUUGGUUCCCACGUCGACGUAGAUGCAAAGUGGCAUUGCGUUGUUAAAACGGGAGCCAACUACUUUAUAUAACACCAACAACUCCAAUCGACAGAGCGACAAAAAUCCUUUUUCCAAAAAAAACACAAUUCUUUCUCAAUUCUUUCCCAACUCAAAAAUCCGUUCUCUCGGGAGCCAUGCCGGAGAUCGACGUCGUCACUGACAAUGGCGACGACUCCGGCGCAGACGAGGUUAACCUGUUCGGGAAGUACGAGGUUGGGAGGCUGCUGGGCUGCGGGGCCUUCGCGAAGGUGUACCACGGGCGGAACGUGCACACGGAGCAGAGCGUGGCGAUCAAGGCUGUCAGCAAGCAAAAGGUACUCAAGGGCGGGUUUGCGGCGCACGUUAAGCAGGAGAUCUCUAUCAUGCGCCGUCUUCGACACCCGCACAUCGUGAAGCUCAACGAGGUUUUAGCGACUAAGACCAAGAUCUACUUCAUCAUGGAGUUCGCCAAGGGUGGCGAGCUCUUAACGAAGAUCACCAAGGGGCGGUUCAGUGAGCAUCUCAGCCGUCGGUACUUUCAGCAGCUGAUCUCCGCCGUCGGAUAUUGCCACUCACGGGGAGUGUACCACCGCGAUUUGAAGCCCGAGAAUCUGCUCCUCGACGAGAACUGGAACUUGAAAGUCUCGGACUUCGGGCUGAGCGCCGUGACGGGGCAGGUCCGGUCCGACGGUCUCCUGCACACACUCUGCGGGACCCCCGGCUACGUGGCACCGGAGAUUCUUGCGAAGAAGGGGUACGAGGGCGCGAAGAUCGACAUCUGGUCGUGCGGCAUCAUUUUGUUCGUUCUGAACGCAGGCUACCUGCCUUUUAACGACCCGAAUCUCAUGGUGAUGUACCGGAAGAUUUGCAAGGGAGAUUAUCGGGUUCCGAGAUGGACGUCGCCGGAACUGAAGCACCUGAUUUCUCGGCUCCUCGACACGAAUCCCGAGACUCGGAUAACCGUCGACGAGAUUUUGAAGGACCCGUGGUUCGAGAAGGGGUACCGGGAGACUAAAUUCGACUUCGAGGACUUUGGCUUGGAGGACAUGCGGGACGGGGACAGCGACAAAACGUCGUCGUUGAACGCGUUUGAUUUGAUUUCGUUCUCGUCUGGGUUCGAUAUCUCGCGGUUGUUUAGCAAGUCCGGGAUAUCUGACUGCGGGGAGCGGUUCGUGUCGGCGGAGACGCCGGAGAGGAUAAUGGAGAAGGUGGAGGAGGUGGCGAAGGCGGGGGACGUGUCAGUGACGGAGAAGAAGAGCUGGGGGGCGAAAUUGGCGGGGAAGAAUGGGAAUUUUGUCGUGAUAGUUGGGAUUUACCGGUUAACGGAGAAGCUGGUCGUGGUGGAGUUGAAUUUAAGGCAAAGAGAAUUUGAAAGUGGACCGCAAAUGUGGAUAGAUAAGCUGAGACCGCAGCUUAACUGCUUGAUGUACCGACCGGGAGAGCCGGUCGCCGGUGACUGUAGGACCCCAGAAACCGGUGACUGUCCAGGAAUCUGAGGUGUGGUACAUACAAAUUGAUAGUUUGGGGUACAUAUUAAAAAUAAAAAAAGGGAACAAUACAAUAUCAGUGUCCGGGUUUUCUUGUAUUUUUGUUUUUGGCCGGAAUUAAUUUCGAAAAUCUCAAAAAAGAGACAAAGGAAACUUUUUUAGAGCAUCUUCAAUAAUGCUAGUUAAAUUCUUGUUAUCGUAGCUAGCCAAAUGAAUAGCUAGCCUGUUGGAGCUUUAUUUUUGUUAAAUUAGCCAAAAAACAUCAUUUGAAUGGACUGUUGGAGAUGCUCUUA